UCUUACACAUGGAGGAUACUAUGCAAUGGUCAUGGGAAGUUUGGCAAGGGCUGAAGAAAUGGAAGUGACCCCAUCUGUGCUUCUUGAUUUCUUAUGGAUUAGAACCGAGUUUCACGCAAUACUGACAGUUGAGAAGACUAUAAUGUCUUCUUUGGCGAUCUUAUAGGAUGUUAUCGUGUGUAUGAAAGUAUUGGCCAUGGUAAAAAAGAUGUUAAAUAUAAAUUCAUUUAUCCUUUUAUGCAAAAAAAAAAAACCCUAUUCCCCACAAAAUAUCAUCCACAGGGCGAUGAUAUUCGAGAAGUUUCUAGAACCUUGAAACUUAUAGGCAUUGUACAGCGCACGCCCGAUUGAGAAACUUCCAACGAAAAUACAGAGCUUCAGAAAUCGCCUUAUGGAGCUCUAGAAAUCUCUUCUUCCAAUAUCCUAUAUAUAUUCUCCUCACGCACUCUCUCUCUCCUCCGCUACCUCGCCACUCCACUGCAACACUCCACUACAAGUCACCAGCAGCUCGCCAUUUCUGAAUUUGAUCGCUCACAGUAUCUCUUUAGCUAGAGCUUCAGGGGAGUUGAAGGAUUAAUCAGCCAUGGAAGGAGUGCUGAAAGUUGAGGAAGAAGAAACGGUGCCGUUUGUUGGGGGAUCAUCAACUUCUUCGUUGUCGUCUUCCUCGUCGUUGUCGAGCUUGACGCCGCCGCAGCCAAUGGCGGGCCUGCACGAGGCGGGUCCUCCGCCGUUCCUGACGAAGAUAUUCGAAAUUGUGGAAGACCCAUCGACCGACUCGGUCGUCUCCUGGAGCAGAGCUCGCAACAGCUUCAUUGUUUGGGACUCCCACCAGUUCUCCGCCUCUCUUCUUCCCAGAUACUUCAAGCACAACAAUUUCUCCAGCUUCGUUCGCCAGCUCAAUACAUAUGGUUUCAGAAAGGUUGAUCCUGACAGAUGGGAAUUUGCAAAUGAAGGAUUUUUGAGAGGGCAGAGACACCUUUUGAAGACUAUAAAGAGGAGAAGACAUGUCUCGCAGAAUCUUCAGCAGCAAGGAUCAGAAGCUUGUGUUGAAUUGGGACAAUCUGAGCUGGAAAGUGAGCUUGAAAGACUGAGAAGGGAUCGAAAUUUGUUGAUGGCAGAAAUCAUGAAGCUACGGCAGCAACAUCAGAGUUCAAGGGAUCAGAUAGCUGCAAUGGAGGAGAAACUACAGACCACAGAAAGAAAGCAGCAGCAGAUUAUGGCUUUUCUGGCCAAAGCACUGAGCAGCCAAUCAUUUUUCCAGCAACUCAUUGAGAAUAAUGCCCUGACAAGAGAAUUGAGGGGCAUUGAAAUUGGACGAAAGAGGAGAUUGCCCCCAAGCCAAAGUGUGGAGAAUUUGCAAGAAGUUGUAUCAGUGGCUGUAGCCAAUGGCCAAGCUGAAAAUUUUGCAGACCAAGAUCAAGAAGACCUGGCGGCAAUUGAGUCGGAGAUGGAGUCAUUGUUCUCAGCUGCUUUAGAUGAUGAGUCGAUUGGUGAGAUGAAGGACCUGGAAGCAGACACAAUCCCUCCUACAAAUUGUACCAAUUUGGGAUCUGUUAAUGAGGUAAUCUGGGAGGAAUUAUUGAAUGAAGAUUUGAUUGGUGGGAACUGUGAGGAAGAUGCCGUCAAGGGUGAUCAGUCAGAAACCGAUGUGGAAGUUGAAGAACUGGUUGCAAAGUCUCCCAACUACAUCGAGGAUUUGCACGACCUAGUUGAUCAAAUGUGUUAUCCCAUGCCAAAGCCUUGAAGGCGCGCAUAGUUUAAUGAAGAGGUUUUUGGGUUUGAGUUGUGAUAGGUUGGUCCUGCAACUAUAUUUCCAUUCUCAUUUAGGGAAUGGUGGAAGUUGCAGAAGGGCCAACAGAUAAGCUUAUUGCUUUGUAUCCUUUUGAUGAUAUCUGUUAAUUUGAAUUGUUCAAUAUUACUUAUUAGUUCUAUUUGGUUUUGUGCUUUUGGUCUGUGAUCGUAUUAUUUCUUCAACUGUGAUGCAGGACUACCCAGGGUAGGAGAUUUGUAAAGCAUGGUUUCAAUCUUUGAUUCACUCCUGAACCUUCCCAGCACAUACUUUCAUUUUGGUUUCUUAAAACUCUGUCGUUUGUUGAUAUUGCUAUUCAGUAUGGUUCGAUCACCAAGUGUAUUUAUGUGUAGACUGCCAGACAGUAUGAAGUGUUGCUCUUUUUCUUUUUCAUUUCUAAGCAAAAGAAAUUUUUAAUUACAAGUAUUGUCAUUUUUCAAUGAUUAAUUUUUUCUGCUUGCUUUAUAUGUAGCUCAGCUCACUGCUUGGGGAAGAAAUGGUUGGUUUGAUGCGAUGAUCAGACAUUGGGUUGACUACUGGUUUGUUGAUAUUUUCUAUUCAUCCUGUGCAAUGAAUUUUGACAUGUGGAACAUGGUUGAAUUAUCAACAAUUGUGCUUGAUGAAUGGUGCACCAUUUAGGGAGUUCAAAUCUUGCAUUUGAAAGGAGGGGUAUGCUUAGAAAAGGAAGGCGCGGGCAGUACUUCAAAUGUUGAAGAGAGGUAGUGAAGAAAUGGGAAAUUGUCAAGGAUAACUUCUUUUUUGGCAAAACGAAGGGCGCCUUCAAUGCUAGUAAUUCAAAUUCCCUGCAUCAGCUGUAAAUGAUAAUGACUUCCUCGCCACCAUGCAAUUGUUCUGAAAAAGCAGAGGCACAGUGACAGAGCCAGCUUUUUAUAUUUUGUUUGCUUGUAGAAGGGUAAAUAUUCCUCUGGGAUGAGACUAAUCUCCAUGGGUCAUUUUGCCUUACCUCAAAACAUUCAAAUUGAUAUCAUGUCAUUUGGUUCUAAAAUGACGUUUUGAGGCCAUUUCCAUUAACAUUCACUAGUCCAUUCACAGUGAACGGGUCAUAUAUAGGAACAGGUUGUUUUUGAACUGCUAUUUUAUGUGAAUUAAAGUUACAUAAGUGUUCUCCUGA